AUGUAUUUUUCUUUCAAAGAAGAAACUAACCUCUCAACAAGCAAGAUGAAAAAGAGAAAGGAAAGUGAGAUUUCACGCAGAGAUUCACCUUCAGAGUCACCCAAAGUCAGCUUCCUGAGCUCCCAUCUUCUUCUUCUGGAGAUAGCCUCUGACACCAACACCAGCCUUCCAGUGUGGGACAGUAUUCGCUCACAACAAGUGGACAUCGGAUGGACUGUGACACCUUACAGUAUCAAUGUUUGUUUCACUCCUCUCCUGUCCAAGCCAGUGCCAGACCCAGGGUGUGGCCAAAUCAGUGUCAUACCCAGGACCACCCUGGCCCCAACCCAGCCCCAGACCGGAGCCGUCAGCCUUCAACAAAUCAUCAUCCAAUCACUGUCUCCAUACGCAGGUUCCGACCCAAACACCCCUAAUGUCCUGGUCACUUUCCCCCAGAGCACCCUCCAGAUAUCCCCACCACCUCACCCUCCCGGCCUCCCCACCCCCAACCAGGUCCUCAUCCCCAACUCCGUCAUCCUCCCAUUGCCUUUUAUCAUCAAGCAACCUCAACUUCCAACUCAGACCAGCACCUCUGCCAAGAAAGAUAGCGCCGUAGCCUCUACAAGCUACCAGGCCCAGUUCACAACCUCUACUCCACCCCUGUCUGCCUGUCGCCUCUUCCACACCAAGCACUCCCCUGACAUCCAGAUAUGCGAGCACUUCCUGAUCAACGAUUGUUUCCUUGGGCUCAAGUGCAAGCAACAUCACACGUCGUUCCCCUUCCACUGGCAGCUGCGGAACAGCACGUGCGAUCAGUGGUUGGACUUUUCCACUUGUAACCAGGUACGCCUGGAGAGGCUGUACUGUAAUGUCAGCAGAGACGAGAUAAGCUUGCGUGAUGGAAUGUCUGUAGUCACCUUGUCGUUUGACACUAUGGAGGUUGGCAAAUCUGAGAAGUAUGACCUGGUGAGGCGUCUCUCCAACACCUCCAACCGAAUCUGUAACCCCCACUUCCCUACCGAGUGGCACUUUUUCUGGUGGAACUACCUCAGCUGGGAGGAGUACAAACAGGAUGUGUCUAAGCUCCUUCUGGAGACGAUGGCCAGUGAAAGACUGGACUGUCGCUUCCACAUCGGAUCCCAGGAGUACAUGGUGAACUUCCUCAGCAUGACCCAGACCAAUGUCACCACAGGCUUUGAGCGCAGGAUCCGAUGGAGACCGGCCUACCGUUCGGUGCUCGACAUCCUGCCUCACCUCAGGACAGGCGUUUUGACUGUCCCCACUCCUGCUGAUUCCCCGGCGGGUAACUUCAGCGUGGAUCCCCUGAAAGAGUUCUCCACCUGGUACCCUCCCACGUGGGCUCCAAACCCCGAGCAGAACAGCAUCAUGGUGGACGUGCCCCCCUUCUCUCCAGUCUACCAGAAGAUCUACCGCCUGUUCCACCAGAGCCUGCCAGAGACCAGCGUGGAGAUCCUCAACAUCCUGCAGAUUCAGAACGUCCUCCAUUGGGACAAGUUCCAGAGACAUAAGGAGCACAUGCUGAAGUGUGACCCCAAGGCAGGGCAGGGGCUGGAGCGCCACCUGUUCCACGGGACCCCAGGCACCAACAUCCAAGACAUCUGCCACAACAACAUCGACCCGCGUGUCGCCGGGGUCAACGGCGUGUCUCAUGGGUACGGUGCCUACUUUGCCUGCGACGCUAGAUACUCCAACACCUACGCCACCCCGUCUGGUGGCAGCCUGACCCAACACAUGUUCCUCGCCAAGGUUCUGGUGGGAAAGAUGGUCGUUGGAAAGCAGAAGUUCCGCCGUCCCCCACCGGUCAGCAAGAACAACUGCAUCCUGUACGACUCCUGUGUCGACAGCCUGCCCAAACCCUCCAUUUUUGUAGUCUUUGACAGAUGCCAGUGCUACCCAUACUACCUCAUCAAGUACAGAGAGCUGCCCAUGGUGGUGGAAUUGGUGUGA